AUGAAAAUAAAAAUAACCAUAACUGAGCUGAAUCAACAAAUUGAAGGAAUUAUUCUAAAGAAUGAAAGAAAAGAAAACGAUUACAAGAAAAAAAUUGCUGAGCUUAUGAAAGAAAACGAAACAAAUAUUAAACAAUUUAGAAAUAAAAUCAUAGAAAGUGAGGCAAAAUAUAAGGAAGCGGAUAAAAGCUUAAAAGAAGUUCAGGCAAUUUGAAAAAGAGAUGAAGCUUUAUUAAAACAAAAGCUGGAAUUUGCAGAGCAAGAAGUAAGUGAAGUACAAAAAGAGCUGGAGAGCUAUAAAAAUAGAAAUAUUUCUAUAGCUGAAACGAUAAAUAGCCCUUUAGAAAAUAUUGAAUUAAUUGUACAUCGAUUAAAUAACCAGUUUCAAGAAGACUUAAGAAAGAGAGAAAAUGAAUUUUCAGCGACUAAAAAAAGUCUGGAAGCUCAAUUAGAAAUCUUGACAAAGGAAAAAAAUGAGGUUGAGUUCCUGCUAAAGCUCAGUAAAAAUGAAUGGGACGCCCAAAAGGAAUCUUUGAUGCAAGAAAUUGAGAACUUUGGAGAGGAAAAUAAGAAGCUAAUAGAGGAUUUGAAAAAUAAUCAAAAUGAAAAUUCCCAGUCAAUGCAGGAUCUGCAAGCUAAAUAUGAGAAAAAAGUAAAGCUUCUAGAAUAUCAGAUCGAAGAAUCCAAAACUAAGCAUAAAGAAGAAUUGGGUUCUGCGAAAGCAAACGCUGAAAUGACUUAUAAACAGUUAAAAGAUUUUUAUGAAUCUGAAAAAUCAAGAUUAGAGAAAAAAGUAAUUGAUGAAAACGAACGCUGCGAAAGGAAGUUCAAUGAUGUCUGCAAAGAAUAUGAGGAGAGAUUGAAAUCUCAAGCUGAUGAAGCAGAAGCUGAAAUUCUUCAAAGAGAUGAAGAAUUGCAGCAAUAUGAAAUUUACCUGAAUGAAGAAACCAAUAACCUAAAGCAUCAACUUGGACUUAGCGAUCAAAAAAUUCAGUCCCUAGAAAAGCAGUUAAAAGAAUCCAAAGAUCAGCUAGAUUCUUUACAAAAAUCUCAUUUAAAAAACACUGAGCAAAUGCAUGAUUUAAACGCAAAAGAAAGAACAGCUUUGAAUGAAAAAAUCGAAAAACUAGCAUUGGAAAUUUCACAGAAAGACAAAGAACUCUCAUCAUUAACAUUUAAACAAGAGCAGCUUCUGUCAGCGUUAGAAAAUAAAGAAAUUGAAUGGGAAGAGACAAAGAUUCAGCUUCAAAAAGAAAAAGAAAAUUUGUCUAUUAAACUUGAGAACACCAAGGAUAUUUUAAAUAAAGCAACUGACUCCCCCCCCCUCGAAGUUCGACCAAGAUAUAGGGAAAAUUCCUAUUUUUUUGGAAAUUAACCCCCCUCAAAGUUCGACCAAGACCUAUAUAAAUUUACUAGGAAAAUAAGCAAUUUUUCAAAAUUUUAAACUAUGUGGGGGUGAGCUUGCGAUUUUUGUAUUCAAGCUCUAAAAAAGCGUUACAAAACCAUCUUGCACUAUUUUUUCUAACCCUUACACCCUCUCAACUAUACAGAAGAAUAUGAUAAAUAUUUUUUUUUUAACUACUAAAUUAUAUAAAAAAAAUUCUAUAUAAUUUUUUUUAGAGAAUAUUCUUCACUCCCCCCAACUCGAAGUUCGACCAAAAAAAUCUUGGUCGAACUUCGAGGGGGGGGAGUGAAGAAUAUUCUCUAAAAAGCAAUGAUUUUAAAAGAGAAAUGGCACUUGCUAAGCAAGAUAUGGAAUUUAAAUCAAAAAGAAUUGAAGAAUUGGAAAAAAGUUUGCAGCUGUCUGAAGAAAAAUAUAGGGAUACUCUCAUUAGCUGGAGAGAUCAGACUGGGAUCGAUAUUCCUGAAAAAAUGAGAGAGUUGACUCAGACAAACGAAAAAUUGCAGAAAAAAUUAGAGGAAAAGAGAAAAUCUUUUAAAGAAUUAUUAUCUUCUAGCAAUAAACAAAUAGCAUCACUUGAAAAAGAAAGAGCUGUUUUGGCUGAAAAAGUGGUGAAUUUAGAUUCUAAAAAACUGGAGCUUGAAAACCGAUUUAGGGCUGAAAUCGACCAAUUGAUGAUUCAAUUGAAAGAAAAAAAGGAUGAAGAUGGCAGUGAAAAAUUUGGAUUAAAAUUAGAAAACGAACGACUUAAAACAAUGCUGCAAGAAAUCCAAAAAGAAAAUGGAGAAAAAGAUGCUACAAGAGAUAGAGAAAGGAUACUAUGGGAAAAUAAAUUUAAUUUUCUUCUACAACAAAGAGAAAAAGCACGACAAGAUUUGAUGGAAACCCAGAAAAAGUUUGAUAUCACUUUAGAGCAGCUCCAAAAGAGAGGAGCAAGCGAUAAAGAAAAGCUUGAAGGCGCCACAAAUUCUUUAAUUACAUCAAUAGAGUCCCGAUAUACAUCUCAAAUCAGAGAUUUGCAAGAAGCUCAUCAGCAAGUGCUUAUUGAAAUGAACGAUCGUAACAAACAGCUGGAAAAAGAUGGAAGAUCACUACGUGAACAUUUAGAAAUGGAAAAAAGAGGCAGGCUUAUUGAUAUUUCUUCUUUUGAGAAAAAAAUCCAGGACUUGCUUGAAAAUGAAAAUAAGCUCAUCAAUGAAAUAGAAUUUUUGAAAAAAAAUAGAGAAAAAUACAGCUCAGAUCUUCAUGAAAGUUUUUCAUAUGAAAAAGAUAGGCUAAAAACAAAGCUGUUUGAUUGUGAAAAAAGGAUGAAAGAGCUUGAGCUGCAAAAAGCACAGCAAUUUUUAGAUCAUGAAAAAGAAAAAGCUAAAUGAAACUUAGAAAGAGACAUUUUAGUCGCAAAAAAUUCAGAAUCGCUAGAAGUCAUUGGCAGACUUGAGAAGAAGAAAGAUUUACUUUUGAAAGAUAAUGAAAAACUAAAGGUUGAAAGAGGAGCUAAAAGGCAUGCAACUGGAGUACUUUUGAAAAAGGAACAUUAUAGACAAAACUCGGGUAAUAUGUCAAUGUCAUUCGAAGAAGCUGAAAAAGAUGAAGGAAACCAGAGCCCUUAUAAAAAUAGAAAUAUAAAUCUUGGAGCAUCGAUGAACCUUCAAAAUAUUCAAAGCUUUAGAGAUCCAACCUAUAAUAUAAGGCCUCAAACUAUAAGGGUAAAAAGAGGAGCUAGCCCUUUAGCUAAAAGUGAGCAGUCUCAAGACAGCUAUAAAGAUAGCAGCCCUUCAAUAUCAAAAUACUCAGAUAGCCCUCCUGUAAAACAUGAGAGAUCAAGAAGUGGAAAAUUCACUAAAUUUUAA